CUGGGAUUGGCUGCCGCGGGAGGCGGCGCGCGAUUGGUCAGUUCGAAGCGCGGCGGCGCGAUGGCGGCGGCGGCUGAAGUGCCGCGCGUUGUGGCGGAGUGGCAUCUGCGGGACGUCCGUGAGGUGUGGGUGAGCACGGUCUGGGACCUGGAUUUCACGGAGACGGAACCGUUGGAUCCCCGCAUUGAAGAGGAGAUCACAGAGGAUGGGCUGCGCGCCUUCAGCUCUCUGUACCAGGCGCUCACACCGUUUGCCACUGGGGAUGACAAGAGCAGAGGGAAUAUCUGGCGCUUGUUUGUUGAAAACAACCUCUCUCGUAAUGCCCUUGUGGCUGUGUGGCACCACUUUGUCCAAACAGGCCUGAAUAAAAGAGCCAAUGCACAACAGAGGGUUUAUGCUCUCCAUGCAGCUGGGUUGUACUUCUUACUGCUUGAAAUUCCAGGCAGUAUAGCUCAUCAGAUGUUCCAUGACGUGAUGUUUGAUAAAUGUCUUCAAACCCUGACAAAAUGCUGGCCUCAGGGACAAAAUCUGAUGAGGAAGAGGAAGAAGGUGCAUGCUGAAAACUCUCAGACCAAUGCAAGAAGAAACAGAAGAAGAGGAAUGGCAAACAAGAAUGGCACCUCCAGUAUCGAAGAGGUAUUUGAAGAGGAGGAGGAAGAGGAUCUUGAGAACGUUUACUUUUCAACAGAUGAUCUUCUUCAAAUUCGCAAAGCGAUCUUCCUUCUUUUAAAAAACUUCUUAAGGUUUCUACCUAAGUUCUCCCUAAAAGAAAAACCUCAGUGCUUCCAGAACUGCCUGCAGACUUUUGUUGAAAUGACAAACUUUGAGCCAGUGGAACGCGAGUUUGAGUUUUCAGCAACAAUGAACAUUACUCAUGCCAAGUAUGUCCCUGAGCUGGCCUACCAUGGACUGUGGUUAUUGUGUUCACCUUUACAUGGCACAGAAAAUGAGAUUCUUCGCUGCAUCUUCCAACGAAUCCUCAGUGUCAUUCUAAUGGUGCAAGGUGGUGCAGGUUCCAGACAUGCAGUCCUUGCAAUCACAUCAGCUGUGAUCAGUGCCAGGAAUCAGGCUGUAAAAUUCAUCAGUGCAGUAGUCGAGGAGCUGAAGGAAGCUGCCUUCCCUGUUCUUCGAAUAUUACUGCAACAUAUCUGUACCAAGGUGCCAGAUAAAGCUGAUUAUCGCACGUAUGCUGCUCAGGCUUUGGUGAAUUUGCUGAAUAAACUCCCAUGUAUGGAGUUUGCUGACUUCAUUGCUUGGCUUUAUAAAUACUCACUCCACACAAAAAUUUCUUACAGAGUGUUUGCACUUGAUGUAGCUUUAGCUUUGUUGGACGUGCCUGAGAGAAACCUGGACUCCUCCCUGUCGCUGGAUCACCAGAGGUUUCUGAAGCAUAAGUUCUUAGUGCAGGUCAUGGUGUUUGGCCGCUGCUCAGACAGGGCACCUGUAGUUCGUAGCAAAGCUCUAAGCAGUUUUGCCCACUGUCUGGAAAUGAAAGCUGCUGCUACUUUGGAUAGUAUACAGGACUUGCUGCAAAGCUAUGACCAUGCAGCCUUGGAAGCAAACACAAACAGUGCGAGUUUGAUGCUCACUGAAGCUAUGUCCAGUCAUCCACUGAAGACCUUACCAACUUUCAGAACGAUUGAGCUGACGAACAGCAGUGAUGCUGCCGUGGUUGAUGGAAAGGAAAUCAUGGCCCUGCUGAGACUGAGAGCUGGGGAUGAGAAAACCACUGUGAGGAAAUCUGCUCUCCAGGUUUUUACAAACAUCCUGAAACACAAAGCAAUCCCUUGCACUGCAGAAGAUUUGUCCACUCUGCAGGACCGUUGCAGGGACCCUGCUGUGUCAGUGCGGAAGCAGGCCUUGCAGUCUGUGACAGAGCUCCUCGAGGCUCAGCACGAUGAUGUCCAGGUGCACAAGGCAUGGUUGACUGGAGUUGUGCCUGUUGUGAUGGACUCUGAAAGUUCUGUUCAAGAAAAGGCCUUGGAAUGCCUUGAUCAGAUUUUGUUGCAGCACAUAAAGCAUUACAAUAAAUUCAGGAGGGAAGACACAAAGCAGGUGCUGGCAUGGGAUCUCCUUACGUUGCUGACUUCAGAAAGCCAGGAGCUGAGCUGUUAUAUGAACAAAGCUUUUCAUAUUUGGUCCCGGCAGAACAAAUUCUCCUCUACUUUCAUCAAUAAUGUGAUGUCUCAUGUGGAAACAGAGCAUGCUGUACCAGCUUGGAUGUUGCUUGCUAAGGUGGCAAGUUCUUCACCCAAGCUGGAUUACUCCAAGGUCAUCGAGUCCUGGUACACUGUCAGCAGGCAACAGAACACAAGCAAUGAUACUACAGGACAUGUACUGUCUGUCAUCAGUCAUGUUGCAAAGCACCUCCCUAGAAGCACCUGUGAGAGGCUGAUUGAUAACAUCAAGCACUGGCUGAAGGAGUUUCAGUGUCCUCUGGAGGUGAUUAGCCCAGCUGUGGAAUCUCUGCAGAAGCUCUGUUGUGCCUAUGCAGGUGUCCCAAAGAAGACACAGGAACUGCUCAACCAAGUGUUUGGAGAUUUAAUAUCCACUUGUGAAAGUUAUAUUUCAAAUAUAGUUCUCAAAGAGGAUGGAGCAGAGCAAUUACAGGAAGAUCUCUUGGUGAGGCACCUCUUCCUCCUAGGUGAAGUUGCACAGCUGUGUCCAGCCAAAGUGGAAAAACGCAUCUUUCUUUUGAUCCAGUCCAUUCUGGCUUCUUCUGAUCAGCUGUCUAAUCUUCCUGAUGGUGAGGAAAUACCAGCUUCUCAACCACUGUCUCAGUUCAGAGGAUCAGCCAUGCCUCCAGUGAUCAGAGCUCAUGCAUUCAUCACUCUUGGUAAAUUGUGUUUGCAGCAUGAGGAUCUGGCAAAGAAAUGCAUUGCAGCUCUGGCUCGAGAGCUGGAGGUGUCACACGACGUGGCUGUUCGCAAUAACGUUGUCAUCGUUAUGUGUGACCUCUGUAUCCGCUACACCACCAUGGUGGACAGAUACAUCCCCAACAUUUCCUUGUGUCUGAAGGACCCACAUCCCUUCAUUCGGAAGCAGACACUGAUUCUGAUUACCAACCUUCUGCAGGAAGAGUUUGUGAAAUGGAAGGACUGCCUCUUUUUCCGUUUCAUUAGUGUCUUGGUGGAUCCAAAUCCAGAUAUUGCCAGGUUUGCAGAGUUCUGCUUGGUGCAUCUCUUGCUGAAGAGGAAUCCAGUGAUGUUCUCCCAGCACUUCAUUGAAUGCAUCUUCCAUUUCAAUAGCUAUGAGAAGCAUGAGAAGUACAACAGGUUCCCACAGAGUGAGAGGGCAAAGACUCUCUUCUCUCUGAGAGGAAAAGAUAACAAAGAGAAAAGGAUGCAUAUCUACAAGUUCCUAUUGGACCAUUUUACAGAUGAACAGAGGUUCAGCAUUACAACAAAGAUCAGCCACAGCGUCCUGGCAUGCUUUGUGGAUGGGGUCCUUCCAUUGGACAUGGAAGCCAGUGAGCUCCUCUCAGAUACGUUUGCUAUCCUUAGCUGCAAAGAAAUCAAGCUGUCAACUAUGAGAUCAAAACCUGACGAAGACAUUCAGCCUGAUGAAGAUGAAAUGGCAAUGGCCAAUGCUGUCAUGCAGGCAGCACAAAAAAAGCUCAUCUCACAGGUUCAAAAGAGGAAUUUCAUAGAAAACAUCAUCCCAAUAAUCACUGAGCUGAAAUCUUUGAUGGAGCGGAAGAAGAUCCCAGCUCUUAGGGACCUUAUGAACUACUUACGGGAAAUGAUGCAAGACUACAGAAAUGAAAUCAAAGAAUUCUUUGCUGUGGACAAGCAGCUGGCAGCAGAACUGGAGUAUGAUAUGAAGAAGUAUGAAGAGCAGCUGGACAAGGAGAAGUCAGACCAAGAGCACAUCUCAUCAUCACAAGCAGAGCAGCCUCUGUCUUUGGAGAUGCCCUUACCUUCUGGUGCCCGGAGUGAUAAUGCCCAGUCCUCUGUGAGUGGGAGGCAGCUCUCAUCCCUUGGGUCGCUUCCUUCCUCUGUGCCUUCUGAGUUUACUACACCUAGAGUUGAUGUUCCAAAGCAGCCCUUAUACGGUCACAGGCCAGCAUCCUUGAGCACGCUUGCCAUCCUGAACUCUGCCUGGAAAGCAGUAGAGGCCAGAAGCAAGCAACGCAGCAAGAGUGCUGGGGGGAUUUUAUCAGCUCAAUCAUUUCCACCAAGUACAGCUAACAGCCAGCAAGCUUCUUUUCAAAGUGUGAAUCAGCUGUCUACUGGAGCACGCAGUCCUGUGGGGGGCCGUGCAAUCAGCACUCCAGAACAGACCAUUAAUGACUUGACUUUUGGUGCUGGGGUCAGUUACAUCAGCUUGACACACACACCUGGUUCUGCUCAAGAGAAUAAAGAGGCUGAGGAGCAGCCGGGAGAUAUUAUCUGUUUGACAUCACCAGAGAAACUACCAUCCGUGCCACGGGAGUGGAAAGUAGAAUCUCCAGCAAGAAGAAAAAGCAGUCGGAACGUCCCUCUGAGACAGUCCCGGUGGAGAACUCCUCUGAAAACAGAAAACUGAUUCUUUCAAUGGACUUUUGUACAGAAUCUUCAUCAUGUUUUGGGAAAUUUGUCCUUUUACUCUGUCAUGACAAAUCACUGUGGACAAAUGUCCUUCCUUACCUGCUUUUGUUCAGAUUUUACAUAUCUAGGGUAUGGACGUGCAGAGUCUGUGUUAACGUAUAUAUUAUAAACUGCUGCUGCUGUUGGCAAAGCUCAGUGAAGUGAGGAAGUGAGAAAGCUCUAGUAUUAAGGGAGGCUUGCAAUUCACUCACAGGAUGUAUAAUUUGUCCAUUUGGAAAAGUAAAAGCAUAAUGUUGCUACAAGCUUAGCAAUAAAUGCAUUUAUCGCAGCGUGCAGGAAAUUGAGUGGCUCGGCUUAUUCACUCAGUCCCUCAUUGGUGAUGAAGGUAUACUUGGUGAUACACUCAAACUGCUUUAAUUUGAACAAAGGUAAAACAGCUUGUCACUGCCACACCCCUAGAUCUGGUAAUUGCAUGCUACAUCACCUCUUAUUUGUUGUGCAAACUCCUAUGCAUGUGAACAACCUUUGUGUUCCUUUAUACAGAAUAUUUCCAUUCUUGAACUGUGCUAUUUCCAAUUAUUAAGAUUUUAUGAAAAUAAAUGGUUAUAGAAUUAAUUCCACCCACAACUUUUCCCUUCUUUUUCAUACGACAAGUUAUUAAAGCAGGAUGUGAGUAACUUGCUAAAAUCAAGGUUGGUAAGUCAUAUAUAUACAUAGCUUUGUGCUCUGUCCAGAGACCUUGUUUAUCAGAAAUGUGCCUGGUGAAUACUGGGUUCUGAACACUCCUGCCUCCCUCUGAUGCCAUGUAAACAUAACUGAAGUUUUUCAGUUGCUAACUUUUAUUACAGAGCUCUUGCCCUGGAUUUUGCUGCAACUGGAAAAUGGGAGCUGUUGUGAUCUGCUCUUGGGUAAGACAAAUCAGCACAAACACAACAGGACCAUAGUUGGCUUUUGUGCAUAAAUGGAGACAAGGAGGCUGAGUGCCUCUGUGCCACAGCCCUUCCAGAGGCACUUACCUUCUGCACUGGAAUCUCAUUGUUUGCCCUCACCUUCCUUAUUUUAUUUUAAAGAAUAGAGAAAGCCUUCAAGUGAGGUUAAACUUUAUUCUCAAAAUCAAAGUAAAAACCUGAGAACAGGAGAUGUGGAAUGGCUUUGGCUUAAGCAAUGGUUAAUUAUGGCAGUGUUUAUUUUUUUUGUUCCCCUCCAUUAAAGCAUUACUUAACUGCUUUACAUAUUAUCUUAUUCAAAUUCCAAUUUUAUUUCCUAAUUUGUGCUUUGUAGCUUUUGCUCUGUCCCAGAGCAGCAUGAAGAUCAGCCCUGUGAGCUCUGAUCAGUCUCCUACAGAAAGAGCCAACGACCAUGAACUGAUGACCAGUAAUGUGCCUUGGACUUCCUGCAGCCCAACUCAAGUGAGUGCUCUAAGAGAAAACACUUCUCUUCCACUGAAUUCAAAGCAGAAGCCAGCAAUUAGAUUAUUUCUUCUAAAAACAAACAAAGAAAAACCCACAAGAACGCUUUAGAGCUCGGUAUUUAUGUAAAACAUUCUUGCAAAGUUAAACGUCAUACAUUAGUACAAACCUAAAAAUUAUUCACAAUGAUACAACAAGUUCCAUCCAUCAGAUCUCAGAGCUGUGCUGGGGGAUCAUCUCCCCUCCUCUCGUUAGAGAUGCCACUGUCACAAUGAAAGCUAAGUUGUGAUUCUUAGUUUGCAGGCUUCCCCCAUGAAGGCUGCCUUUGGCUCAUAGCAAAACUGUAGAUUGUACUCCCAGAGCUACCCCGGCUCAACCAUUUACCUUCUCUUCCUUAUUAAGAGUAUCCUACAAGCAGCACAGAAUAGUGGAUAUACAGAAAGUGCAAAGGAAUGUUAUGCUCACUGCUGUUGUAAUGAUGAGAGGCAGCAUGCAGCUGGUGGAUGCCACUGUGUGCCCAUCUAAAGAAGGUUGCCAGAAUGAGUUGAAAAGUAGCCAGGGUCACAUCUUGGUUAUGGAAAGAAAUUGCUGCCCUAGCUUUAGUUUUGCUUUCAUUAGCAAAAGGAAAAGUGGUAAUGUUUAAUGUAGGUAAAACAAAUGCAGCAAUGGCAUGUCCAGCGAGGCCCCUAGCAAACAAAGCAGAUGAAUGCAGAACGCUAAAAAAUAACACUGACAGUCCAAAUCAUCAAGUAUUCAAAAUACUGUCUACAUGAAAAGUUAAGACAAUCCAUAUCGGAAAUACAAGAAUACUAAAUUAUGCUACAUUUAAAAAAAAAUUCUUAAACCACAGCACAGUUCUAGUGUUGCAUCCACAUCUUGCAGUUUUAGGCAACCCACUGCUUUUCAACGCUAUCAACUCAUGCAUCAACACGAGUUUCCAUUUAUUCUCUUUAAUGCAAAGAGAACCACAUUUCUUUUUUUAUUUGUUUUUUUUUCCUUUUACCAUCUAAAGAAAAGUUGCAACUGACACUACAAAAGUGCUUCUGUGUUGACCUUUUGCUUUCCCAACUCCAGAAACAGUUGCUUGGCUAUGCCAUCUAAACCUGUAACGUUGCCAUAGCUGUCACAUCACCACGUUAGUGCUUCAGGGAAUUUGCAGAGGGGGAGCAAACAGUAAAGUCACUCUGUCACCUUGUUGGAACUGAAUCCAAAAAAGCCAUCCCUGGAUAUUUCUUGCAACAACAAAAACAAAAGUGUUGGUCACUGGCAAGAAAAGUUCAAUGUAUAAAAAAGUUGAUAGGUCCUGCCAUAAAUUUACAAAAACUAUCCCUGAGUGACUCUGUUCUGUGUCUUGUAAGACCUCAUGUGACAAGGAAAUUGCUGAGGGUAGCUUAAGAGGAAAGAGAUGCUGUUCUACCUGCAGGUUUGUGUUACACUCUGCAGUAAUGCUGAUAUGCUCUGACAGUGCCAUACCAUAGCAACGUUUGAGCUCUCCUCUGUAGCUUAGAAAGUAAAAAAAUAGCCACGUUACUUAAACACUGCUGGCAUCACGUAUUUACACUUUAAAUAGAAACGUUACCUUUUCUGAAGUAAUCAAAAUAUAUCUUUGCAAAAAAUUUAGAAUGUGGGAUUUUACAAAAGAAAGGGAGAAGGUAAAAAAAAAAAAAAGCUUGAAAACAUCUCAGUACCUUUUCUGGGACUCUGGGCCCGCAGAAAUAUUUGGCUUUGAUUUUCCUGAAAGGGACGACUUAGCACUGGGUUCUGUGCCUCCACUGUAAGCCUCUUUAAUGCACCAAAAGACGCAAGAGGGAAGCCUGCUUUGUGCAGAUUAGAAUGAGGGGUUACCUGCGUGCAGUGAGUCUUCUGUAAAGCAGUGAGCAGCAGCAGUCCUUCAGCCUGAUGCUGCCUGCGUUUCUUGUUAAACAGAGCAAUAAGUUGACAGAAGAGCUGAGAACAUUAGUUGUGUUUGCUCUAUGUGUGCCUCUCAACUAGUCAGGUGCCCAUUCUGCACCUGAAAAGUCAUAGUCAAAAGCACAAAAUAAUCACAAGUCACAGCCUGGGCAACAAACUGCUGCGAGGAGGACUUCCCCCUUGUAUAGAUAAAUGGGUAACACUUAUUCUUUGCAGUCCUACUGCUGUAUCAGCACCUUUUUUCCUACUAGUAACUCAGACUAGUAAUGUCUACAUAACGCUGCUCCCUGGUUGGUUUGCACACUGAGGCUGUGUCCCUGCAGCACAAAGAGAAGGCAAUUCCACAGACUUCCACAGCACAGUCUCUUGGGAAGUAUUUAUCUUCCUUACUCCAAGGACAGGUUUAGGGGAUCCUGUUGGUGUCCCUGAAGGCAGGGGAGACGCAAGUUGGGCAGUGAGGAGUUGCUUUAAACUUUGGCAAAGAAAAAAAAAAA